AUGUUAUACCAUUUUCCAAGUUCUUCAAUUUUUAAUUCAUUUUCCGAAUAUAACCGAAACAUUAACAAAAGUACGCUUGACACAGUUCUCAAUUCACUUUAUGAUCCUUGGAUUGAAGAGCAGAAAAAAAUCAAUGUUACGUAUUACUACUUAGCGAACGAUAGUAACUAUCAUUAUGAAUUUCGAUAUGAAUUCAACGCCAAUCAAACGACUGAUGAUCAUCGCCUUAUGAUAUUCACUACGGGUCGUGGUCGCACGUGUACUGACUAUUGGAGAUUUCCUGUCGGCCGUCGUAUUCUCUAUGCUAUGCGCGAUGCUGGUUUCUCCUUACUAGCAAUAUGCUCAAAACGAAGAUUAUAUGAGACUGAAAAAUUCAUUUUAGAUAAUCAAGAUGUAAAAUGGAUAUAUAAGUCACUACAACGGUGGAUAAACAGAGUUUAUUAUCAACGGUUUCAACGGUAUCCUGUUUUAUACAUCCAUGGUACUAGUCGUGGAGCAGCUUUUGCUCCUUUAAUUGCUCGAAUCCUGCCAAUACGGGCCCUAAUCUUAACAGUUUAUCCAGGUCAUAAAAGCUCUUUGACUGCUCGUUCUUCCUACUCUCAUAACAUGCAAAAUAGGCUUAUUCUUGAUACCACUUUUGCGAACUGGUUUUAUUUUGACUAUUGUUACAAUUCGCCAUUAUCUUUGACAAAGAAUCUGAAUCUUUGCCCAUUUGAAAAUAAAUUGUGGCAUUUUUAUCCGACUCCUCCUACAUUCUUUGUUGCUUUAGAUUCAGAUCCAUCAAUACCUAUGAAACGAUAUACAGAACUUAUCAAACUAAUGCGUAAUAACUCAUUACAACUGGGAGGACAACUUCUCAAUCAGGAAGAAUCAAUCAUGCUAAGCAUAUUAUCUCCAGUAAAUUUGACUCCUAGUUACAUGCAGCAAAACUUUGAUCUGUGGUAUAAUAAGCCUUAUGCUUCUCGUAUUUUCUUUGAACACUACAAUAAUUUAGCUGCGCGUGUCACGAACAAUACAAAACAUGGAACAUGCCGCUGUUCGAAAACGAAUUUUACAUACUGGGAAGGUUUUACUAACAUUACUACAACAUGGUCAUUACAGAAGCAAGCAGAACACAAGGAUUACGUUCAAGAUAUAAAAAACUUUCGUAGUAUGUUUUGUGAGGAUCUGUGUGGUGACAUCAUGGUAUAUCAUGGAAUAGUUUCGCGAAAUAUUGGAAAAGCACUCGAUUGGAUCACUAAAAUAGACCUUCUUCGACAUUCACUACUCAUUCAAGAUUAUAUCUCGAGACCGUUGCGAGUUUGGAUGUAUCGAAAGCAGUCGCUAAACAAUGGAAUAGAAAAUUUUUCUUCUCAGAAAGUCGACUGGACUGUUGUAGGUAAACAAUAUCAGAUGUACACUGUAGAGUACUUAGUUCAAGAUUACUUCGCACGGCUCAAUGCCUCAAACAAUGUCUCUCGCCAUAAUAUCAUCUGGGUCGAAAAUCCUAUGCUUGCCGACUUCUUCAUUGUUCCUCAUGACUUGAUGUAUUUUUAUCUCCGUAACAAACAAGAGAUACUCAACCAAACAAACAACGACGUCCUAUGGCAGACAUUAAAUGAAGGUUAUUUCCAAAAAAUGCUAUCAAAUAUGUGUAAAAGGUUUCCCUAUUGGACUAUGGCCAAAACUACGGACCAGAUCGGUUCGAACCAUAUCUUUACUUUCGUUGGAAGAAAAAAUAUGGGAUUUUUGUAUGCAAAACAUCAAAAGGUAUUACGAAAUGUGAUACAGCUAGUAUUCACAGAUGUUAGACAAAAUUUAGUGCCACCGAAAUCAAAUCUUCCGUAUUCACAUCGAGAUAAAGCAAUGAGUUAUCGACAUGGUUAUGAUAUAGUCAUCCCUCAAUUCACAGAUCUCAAAUUGAAUGAAAGUUUAUUUUCAAUUCGGAACAGUAGUUCCUACGAUAAGAAAAUUUUAUUUUUCUUUGCUGCAAAUCUCAGUCACACGAUUGCGCUUCAUUCUGCCAGUCCUCGAUUAACUUCGUUAUGGAGUAACUUUUCCAUAGUAAGGAAAUCCACUACGACAACUACAAUUGAAGGAAUUUCGUAUGAAACACUGCUGAUAGCUGAUGAUAACGCAACAUCAGAUGAAUACAUCAAAUCGAUGCUACGCAGUGUUUUCUCUAUUUGCCCUGAAACUUUCCGUCCAUGGUCAUAUCGAAUUUAUGAAGCAAUUCAAUUAGGGGUAAUACCUGUCAUUCUAGCAGAUAAUGUUGUACUUCCAUUUGAAAGAUUCAUCAGCUGGCAAUCAUUUAGUGUAAAAAUCAAUGUUAGUAACCUACAUGAAAUAAUCAAUCGUGUCAGUAAUAUUACUUCAUUUAAGAGAUAUAUCGCACAAAAACUGAGAUAUGCAUCAUCAUAUUCCCAUAUAUUUCGAUGGCCUUAUGCCAUUGACAAUCGUGUACGAUAUAAAAAAGAAACACUUGUAACAAACGAAUAUUUUAAUGGAAAUGCCCCAACUGUGUUCCGCUAUAUAUCUUUAGAAAUGCGAUGCCGCCGUUUGGAACAGCUGUAUGGAUUUACAUCAGAUACUUCUUCACCAGUAUCAAUAGCAGCUCAACAAAAGGCUUGCAACAAUCAUCCGACAAUUUGUCCCUGUCAUAGUAAAUGGCCUCCUCUUGCUUUCCAAGAAUACAUAUGA